GUGUGACACCCUACCCGGAAGUGGUUGGAAAAACCAAUCCCAAUGAAUGGGUUUUCUCAUGUAGGGUUUCGUGACACAAAUGAUGUGAAGUGUUCAAGAUCUUGCAAAAAGCAUCCGCUAGGAUCAUCUCUAUGCUACGAUGGCCACCAGGAUGAGGCUGAAGCUGAAAACAGUGUUUGUGCUCUACUUCCUGGUCUCUCUGCUGGGUCUCAUCUAUGCCCUGAUGCAGCUCGGUCAUCGAUGUGACUGCACAGAACACGAUAUGCCCAAAGAUCGAACAAUAUCUCGACUGAGGGGGGAGCUGCACCAUCUUCAAGAGCAAUCAAAGAGGUUGGAAGCCAGCAGGCAACCCCAAAAAACGUCUUCCAUGACUACCAUCUUUGUCAUCACGCCGACUUACGCCAGGCUAGUGCAAAAGGCUGAGUUGACCCGCUUGUCCCACACGUUCCUGCACGUGCCCCAGCUCCACUGGAUCGUCGUGGAGGACUCCCAGCACAAGACGCCGCUAGUGGGACAACUCCUGGCCAAGUCCGGCUUGGCCUACACGCACCUUCAUGUGGCCACCGCCAAGGAGCGCAAGCUGCAGGAGGGGGAUCCAAGUUGGCUCAAGCCUCGCGGUGUGGAGCAGAGGAACGAGGGCCUGCGCUGGCUGCGGGAGGACAGGAGGGCCCAGAUGGUCGGACACAGCCAGGAAGGGGUGGUCUACUUUGCCGAUGACGAUAACACGUAUAGCCUGCAGAUAUUUGAAGAGAUGAGGAGCACUCGGCAGGUGUCCGUGUGGCCCGUGGGACUGGUCGGUGGGAUGAAGUACGAGAAGCCCGUAGUGGAAGGAGGAAAGGUGGUCCGCUUUCACGUCGGCUGGCGUCCAAGUCGUCCCUUCCCGAUGGAUAUGGCCGGUUUCGCCGUGUCCCUCAAGCUGCUCCUAGCCAACCCGGACUCUCGUUUUGAUGGCAACGCGCCGAUAGGCUUCCUAGAGAGCAGUCUCCUGCAGGACCUCGUCACCAUGGACGAACUGGAGCCCAAAGCGGACAACUGUUCCAAGGUGCUUGUGUGGCACACGCGCACGGAGAAGCCCAAGAUGAAGCGUGAAGAUGCUCUGCAGGCUCAGGGUUUGGGUUCCGAUACCAUGGUGGAGGUCUGAUAAGAACGGACGGACACACACACACACACAAUGGGGAGUCGAUCGAGUACGUGCUGUUGGGACUCCCAAUGGAGCUCCGGUUAAAAUUCAUGCAUGACUUUCUUCUUUUGCAUGCCAUCCACACUGAUGCCUUGAAAUAGAAUCUCUUUGCGUCCCCAUCAAACCAAGUCCAGUAGAAUCCAAUCAGACAAGACGUCUAACUCACAUGAAGCUCCAGUAAUAAACCAAGAGUUCCCCUGAGCAUCGUUCAGUGCAUAAAAUAGAACAAAUGGAGAUGAUAGAUGGCUGUGUGUAUACAAUGUGUUAUUUAUUUAUUGCUGUAAUAUUUGCUUCUUGCAUUGUAUGCCAUGUCAUUGACAAAUAAAGUAGGUCAAAUGUC